CGCGUGCCCCGGGCACUGCCGCCCACUGCCACCAUGCUGGACCUCAGCCACAACGCCCUGACCCGGCUCCACGACCGCUGGCUGGCCGCCCUCCCGCACCUCGAGGCCCUCCACAUCAGCCACAACCAGAUUAAGGACCUCUCUCCGCAGGCUUUCCACAAUGCCUCCUACCUGCGGCACCUCGACAUGUCCUCCAACCACCUGCAUGCUGUCGAGACGCACUACUUUGAGGCACUGGUGAGCUUGGAGGAGCUUCUGCUCUACAACAACCGCAUUACGCGCGUGGAUGAGAAUGCCUUCACCAAACUGAGUGGCCUGCGGAAAGUCUACCUGAGCUGGAACAACCUGACCACCUUCCCCUUCCACUCGGUGCAGGGGCUGGGAAACUACAGCCUCCGCACGCUGGACCUCUCCUCCAACAGCCUGAGCAGCAUCCCCGUGGAGGAGCUGGCGGCUCUGCCCGAAAAUAUCAGGAACGGCUUGUACCUGCACAACAACCCCAUCAGGUGCAGCUGCCCGCUCUACCUGAUGCUCCAGCACUGGAAGCAGCGAGGUUUCAGCUCAGUGAAGGAUUUCUUUGAGGAACACACCUGCAAGGUGUCUGACAACGUGCCCCGGUCCCUGAUCAAGUUCCUCAAAUACAGCCACAUGUUUGAGAACUGCUCAGCAGGCCCCGAAGACGUGCACCCCUUGCCCUUCCCCGUGAUGGUGGGCCAGACCCUCCUGCUCGCCUGCAACACCAGCCUGCCGGCCACGGCCACCACCUACAUGUGGAUCUCCCCUCACCACGAGCCUAUCAAACACCCGGGGAACAGCAACCGCUCCUUGGAGGUCUACCGCAACGGCAGCCUGAAGAUCGCAGCAGCCAAGCCUUGGCAUUCAGGGGUCUACGUAGGCUUGGCCAUCAACAGCCCCCGCAAUUUCAGCAGGCUGUGUGAAGUCAACGUGACGGUCCAGUACCCCAAGCCAGACGGGGAGACCUUCAGCACCGGCCUCACGACCCUGCUGGGGUGCAUCGUGAGCCUGCUGCUUGUGCUCAUCUACUUGUACCUCACACCCUGCCGCUGCCUGAGCUGCUGCAAGAAUCCGCCGCAGGAGUGCAGUGCCCAGUCCUCCAUCCUCAGCGCCACUCCCCCCGCCACCGACGGGCCAAACCGCAAGGUCAGCACCAACAAGCAUGUGGUCUUCCUUGAGCCCGUCAGGGAGACGCAGAACGGCAAGAUCCGCCUGGCCCUCGGCGAGGACUUCCCUGACCCCAAGCACCCCAAGGUCCUGCAGCUCAAGUCAGACUCUGAGUCUAUCAGCUCCGUCUUUUCGGACACCCCCAUUGUGUCGUAG